UGUUUAUUACAUGGGAAAAUAAAAGCCCAUCAAUAACCAGUAACAGAUUUUAAUAACCAGUAACAGAGUUAAUUUUCAGUGCGGGAACAAUUAAAAGUAAUUCAGUUUCAUUUUCCAUCUUAAUGAAAUAUCAUUUGAUUCCAGUUUCUGUUUUCAUUCAUCAAACCUGAUUCGAUGAAACUAUUACACAAUUGUAAACAUUUUAUUUUACAUGAUCAUCGUUCUGAUGUGUUGUUUUUAAACACUCAGUUCUUCUAAAUUUGGUUUCUUUGCAAUGGUCAGUUUCUUUACCAUCGCUUAGUUUCAAUGUUUUCAAUGUGUCAGCAUUUGUGUCAACCACACAGUCACAAGUGAAGAGGGUAAGAGACUCAUUUCCCACCACACAAUUUAUAACAAAUGUGGAAGUGGUGCCCCAGCAGAGGAAGUGAUGUCACAGAGAAGCACCAAUGUUUGAAUAAAAGCAUCAAGUUACAAUAAGCCCUAAAGAGAGAGGGGAGAGCAACCUGAUCUUGUAGAACCUGUUUGACUUCUUUGAUCCUUAUCAGUUGUUUCAGGUCUAACAAAAGGAGUAUAUAACUGCAGAAUACACUUCAGAAGAUGCAGAGUUUCAGGCUCUCCCUCUCCUGGAUGGUAUGCCUGCUCGUGAGGCUCGCCGCUCUUGCUCAUUCUGUCAGGGCUGAGGUGGGUUCGUUCUCCUCCUGCCUUCAGUUUUUCCACAAGAGGUCUUCGCCACACGGCCUAGAGGGCCCAGGCUAUUCGCAGAUAUGCCAGCGCUAUGAAAACACAUACCAUUUUGCAAGCCUCUACCGCAAGCAGUGGCGGACCCCGAUCUACUCUGCGUACGUGUUCACCUCGGGGGGCAAGAAGAGGUCUAGAGUUCCAUGGAUGUACGAACCGCAGCUGGCCAACUCUAGAGCUAGGCCUGAGAUGGAACCCAUUCCUCCAAAUAUGACAGACCAGAACGUUCUGGAGAGCCAGGCUGUACUGCAGGAUUACAAGAACUCCACGUUUACCAAGGGCCACCUGAGUCCUAACUCACAUCACCAGGAAGAUUGGGACAAGAAGGCAACUUUCACUCUCACCAACAUAGUGCCACAGAAAGCUGGCUCCAAUUCUGGCCCGUGGGCUGUGCUGGAGAAUGAGGUGGCGGCCAGAUUAACCGCUUACUGCACUGGGCCGGCGUACAUUGUAACCGGGGUACUGCCAUAUGUCUCGCCCCACUGGAUUCGCAACCGUGUGGCCGUGCCUGAGUACCUAUGGUCAGCCUACUGCUGCCCCUCCUUCAGCUCCAACCUCCCAGAACCCCUCCGCGACACUUUUCCAACGUUCGCCGCCAUCGGCCGGAACGACCGUCUCAGCACCCAGGACAUUGUGCCGGUGAACCCCAAGGCCCCCGCUUCCACCAGGGGCUACGACGUGAGGCGGAUGUCCCUCGAGACGCUGGAGGGGUAUCUGAGAGCGCGGCUGGGUCUCCCUGUCAAUGUCUUCCUUGACCAGUGCUUGUAAGACCACCGAUUACGAAUGCAGAAAUGCCAAUCGCCCCCUGCAGUCACACAACUGCCUGCACUGCAUUUAAAUGCUUUAAUAUAUAUUUCAUAGGAUCUAUAUGUAGAAAUCUAUUAUAUUUUAUAAUAGAUUCUAUAUAUUUUCCCAUUAUCUAUUAUUGCUUGAAUUCUAUUGUUUAUGUAUUUGUAUUUUGUCACCUUUUAUGAAAUGAUUGUGGUAGUGCACAAGUAUUAAUUGUUAAC